GUGGCGGAAGUGGUUGCGUUACCGCUUGUUUAUGCGCAUGCGCCAUUCUCGUCUGGCCGCCGCGCUUUCAGGAGCUGCUUUUGGUUCUCUCCGGUCUUGUCCACGCUAGGGGGUGCACGUACUCCCAACUGUGGUCGCGCUCUCACCCCUUCUGCUGCUCUCGUGGCCCCCUCGCGAUGGCGGGCAUCCUGUUUGAGGAUAUUUUCGAUGUGAAGGAUAUUGACCCGGAGGGCAAGAAGUUUGACCGAGUGUCUCGACUGCAUUGUGAGAGUGAAUCUUUCAAGAUGGAUCUAAUCUUAGAUGUAAACAUUCAAAUUUACCCUGUAGACUUGGGUGACAAGUUCCGGUUGGUCAUAGCUAGUACCUUGUAUGAAGAUGGUACGCUGGAUGAUGGUGAAUACAACCCCACUGAUGAUAGGCCUUCCAGGGCUGACCAGUUUGAGUAUGUAAUGUAUGGAAAAGUGUACAGGAUUGAGGGAGAUGAAACUUCUACUGAAGCAGCAACACGCCUGCUGAGAUGGAGAGCUGCUGAGUGGCAGUGCUCCAGGCUCACGGGAUGGGGCCUUCUGUUUCAGCUCUGCGUACGUGUCCUAUGGGGGCCUGCUCAUGAGGCUGCAGGGGGAUGCCAACAACCUACAUGGAUUCGAGGUGGACUCCAGAGUUUAUCUCCUGAUGAAGAAGCUAGCCUUCUGAACCUCGCCUGAAGCCAGCCUCGCUGCCAAGUCACUCAGGUCAUGGGCAUUGUUCAAGCCUGAGUGGCAGCCGCUCUUGCUAACCUGUUGAGGAGGGGCUGGCUCACUGUCCACUGUGGCGGCAUCUUUAACUGGCCUCCACUCAAUGGGAAACUGACUCGCCUGUGAAAGACACAGUGGGAGAGGUGAAAAUGAAUCAGAAGCUUUAUGUAUAUGAUUUUUAAAUUAAACUUUACUUUUUCAGACUGCCCCUCCCCUUUUUGUAAAAAGUCCAUUUACUGUAAAAUCGUUUUUUCCAGUU